AUGGUAAAAGAAGAAUUAGUAGCUUCAAACACAACUUCAAAAAGCCAAACCCGAACCAAUUGUGAGACAAGAAGUUCUAAUUCCGACACUGAAGCAUCAGAAUCUUGUAAUAUUCAAUCUGCGAAACGUAGAAAGAUGCCAAAGAAAAUAGUCAGACCUUCUCGGGGUUGGGAAAUGGAAACACAGGUUCCCGAAACACAUGCUUAUGAAGCACAGGAUAAUGAAGCACAGACUAAUGAAACACAGAAUUCUCCCAAAGAUGAUUGUCGUCCUUUUAUAGUUAAACAUGAUUUGCCAAAUAAAAUUGUGAAAAUGAUGUUAACUAUUGCUAAAGAGGAAGUCAUUGGUAGACAUUUUAGACCCUUUUCACUAAUGGAAGCAAGUUUUGUGAGAAGAAGGAUGCUCGAGUAUGGAGGAGAAUUAUCUAUUUCUCAGGUGAUGGUUACGUUAAACACUAUUCUUAGGGAGUUUACAGAUUUUUGUGCACUUAUGAAGAAGGGGAUGAAGGGUGUGGAUUUUGACUAUAAGAAUGGUGAAUUUUACACAAGUAUUUGUGAUGAGGAGACAACUAUAAUGCUGCAUAAUAGGUUCAGAUAUGUUACAAGUAAUUUUGAGAUCUUGAAAAAUUUGUUUGAUGAAAUAUAUGAAGCAUCAGAACCUUCUAAAUCUAAGAAAAGGAAAUCAACAACUGGGACAAGUGGAAGAAGCAAAAAGUCCAAAUCCUUAGGCUCAAUUAGUUUAGAAUCGUUCAUCCGAGUCCACCAUAUUGCAUUCCAAGGUGAAGAUAUUUUCAAUGGGAACUCGGACGAAGGUCUUUCUUAG